AUGUACGUGAUGAAUAAAUCGACCAUCUGGGUAAUCACGGGCCCCUUGGCCGCCACAACUGUCUUCUUCAACGUUUACAUCUUCCUGAUGAGCCUGUCGAACUACAGGCAGAACAAGAAGUGGAGCCCCUGUGAAACCAUCAUCCUGGCUCUGUCGCUGGCCAACGUGGCUCAUCAGCUGGUCUGCUACCUCUGGAUGACUAUGGACGAGAUGGACAGCAAGUGUCGCAUCGCCAACCUGCCCUACGCCGUCAUGCUCCUCUUGAUCUUCAGCCUCAAGUUCACCAUCAUGUGGGACACUAGCUUCCUCACUUUCUACUACAGCACCAAGCUGGUGAGCACGCCCAACCACUGCUACACGCGGAUCCAGGCCGUCAUCCUCAAACACGUGAGCCCGGCCGCGCUCCUCAUCCCUCUGUGCGGCCUGGGCACCUGUAUGCCGAUGCUGGUGGUCUUUCAGUCCAACAACGUCACCGCCGGGAACAAAGACUGCGGGCUUCUCAUGCCCGCCUCCACCGCGGGCGUGGUCUACGAAGUGGUCUACCUGCUCCUCGCCGAUGUGCUGCCGGGGGUGCUCAUGGUGAAGUGCUGCAUCUCCAUCUCCGUCCACCUGGCGUUGCACCUCCGCCACAUGAAGGCCGCCGCCAACGGAGCCCACGGGCCCAAGCUGGGCUCUCAGAUGAGGGUGAUCCGGAUGGCUUUGUCUCUGGUGGCCGUCUUCAUCCUCUUCCUGGUGAUAGACCUGUACGUCAACUACCAGAUAACCAUGAACCACGAGAGCAUCCUCACGCUCACGUUCCUCUUCACCUCCAUCUACACCACGGUCACCGCCGUGGUGCUGAUCUACGGGAAAAAGACCUUCUGCAAGGCGCUGAUACACGAGGUCAACGUCUGCCUGGAUGAGUAUCCGUGUUUGUCUUGGUUGAAGGUGCCCGAGCAAAAAGCCCAAACCGGCACUACUGCAAAAGAUUAA